GAGGGAGGGAGGGGGCCGCGGGACAAAGGGGCCGAUCGGGAAGCCGGAUCCGGAGAGGAGAGGUCCGAGGCGGAGUUUGGGGGGCUGGGGUCCCGAUCCGGAGCACGUGGGGCCUGAGGACGCCUCUUGGGAAAGGAGCCCCCCUCUCGCUUCCUUCCUUCCUGCCGGCUGCUUCCCACGUGGACGGGGCUCGGUCUGGUCGGGAGGCGGCUUGGCUGGAUGGCGGCGCCGUGCAGCCCGGAGAGCGGCCCGGCCCCCCCUGCGCCUGCUCCUCCGUCGGGGGCGGCGGGGCCGAGGGUCUACUUCCAGAGCCCCCCCUCCCGGGCCGAGGAGGAGGAGGCCGAGGAGGAGGGCCCCGUCCGCAGGCAGGGCAGGGUCACCGUCAAGUACGACCGCAAGGAGCUCCGCAAGCGCCUCCACCUCGAGGAGUGGAUCCUGGACCAGCUCACCGCCCUCUACGACUGCCAGGAAGAAGAGAUACCAGAAUUAGAAAUAGAUGUUGACGAACUCCUGGACAUGGAAAGCGACGAGUCUCGGAGCGCCAGGGUGAAGGAACUUCUCGUCGACUGUUACAAACCCACAGAGGUUUUUGUGGCCGACUUGCUAGAUAAGAUCCGUGGAAUGCAGAAACUAAGCACCCCGCAGAAGAAGUGAAUCCGUUCAGCGACCUUUCCAUCGCGGCGGCCCUCUCUUCCUCUUUGGGGAGGUUGCCAUUGGGACUCUGGCUCUGCCGGGUCGGAAGAGGGAUGGGGCGCUUUCAACCGAUCUGGCGGAGAAUCAUUUGCGAGAGCGGGGGGAGACACUCCUUUUCGGAAUGCUUUGAUAAUCAAACCCAUCCGGACACCUUUUUAGCAAUAUCGACCUGUUCCUCUUCGUUUAUCCCCAACUUCCAAGUGGAGUAAAAGAGGGCAGGGCGAGGAACAUGUGUUCUCCGGGGAGCGGGAGGUGGUAUAGUAGGAACUUGCAUUUCCUUUUGUUUUUUUUUAGGAUGUUUGGGUUUUUUUUUAAUUAUUGUGUUUUUAUAUAAAUUUAAUAAAGAUGCUUUGAGAACAAGA